UAUUUUGUCCCGCCACCAAGCCCGCCUGUCACUGUCGUUAACAGGACAAAACAACCAAACCACUCGCUGCUACACAACAUUAAAACUAUUACAAUGUCCGACGAUGAGCAGCCGCCAGUGAAAGUGGAGUUCAAGCCAAAAGCAAGAAAGCAAUUCCGGAAACGCAUCAAAUCCGAAGACGAAGACAAACCCGAUGACGAUGUUUUGUCCAAACUGGAGGAAACCAAGGAAAAGCAGAAGCUGCGGAACAAACCCAAUGGAGUAAACAUUAUGACUUUGGCGGUUGGCAAGAAAAUUACCGUAGAAGAGGAAGUUACCAACAAAGACUUGUUCAACGCAAAAGCAGGAGGAAUGGUAAACAUGCAAGCACUAAAAUCCGGUAAAAUCAAAGCCGUCGAUGACGCUUACGAUACGGGAAUAGGAACGCAAUUUUCGGCCGAGACAAACAAGCGAGACGAAGAUGAGGAAAUGAUGAAAUAUAUUGAAGAACAGUUGAGCAAGAAGAAAGGAGUUGCCAAGGACUCCACUGAAGAGCCACAGCCAGAAUCAUCCCACAAAUAUCUCAGCCCAGAAGAAGCAGCACUACUGUCGUUACCUGCGCAUCUGAGUCAGACGUCGUCACAACGGUCAGAGGAAAUGUUGUCCAACCAAAUGCUGAGUGGCAUCCCGGAAGUUGAUCUUGGCAUUGAAGCUAAAAUCAAGAACAUUGAGGCAACGGAAGACGCGAAAAUUAAGUUUAUGCAAGAGCAGCAGCGAAAAAAGGAUCUGCCGUCUCAUUUUGUGCCCUCCAAUAUGGCGGUCAAUUUUAUGCAGCAUAAUCGUUUUAAAAUUGAUCAACCGGUGCAGCAAAAGCGACGUUACGCCGAAGUACAGCAGCAUCGUUCCGGAGAUGAUAAAGUUCCGAAAAAGGCAACUGAUGAUUAUCAUUUCGAUAAAUUUAAGAAACAAUACAGAAGGCACUGAAAUUUAA